UUCACUGAAUCGAGCCUCCCAUCACUACUGAAUGAAAAUAGCGCUGUUUAUCAGAGGAGCUGAAGCGACAGGAAGCUGUGACGACGUCCGGCUGGGGAGGGGAAGAGCACGGAGUAUACGGGGCCAUGGCAUCCUCGCAGUGACGAGCAGCGCGGCUCUCUGCUCACGAACACCCUCUCUGCAGACCCGGACCGCCGAGGACAGAGGGAGCGGAGAAAUGGAGAAACAGACGAGCUCAGGCUCAGAGAGCAGCGGAGCCCCCCCGAUACCGAGGAAACCCCGGAGCCUCGGAGCUGCCCCGGUGUCCAGGCAAGAGAGCGGAGACUCACUGGACAGUCCCACUGGUUCCCACGUGGAGUGGUGUAAGCAGUUGAUCGCAGCCACCAUCUCCAGCCAGAUCUCUGGCUGUGCUCCUCCUGAGGUUGUGAACCGUGAAUGCAAGAUCGGGUGGAAAGUAGACCAUAGGGUAUCCAAGAGGCCUAAUUUAAGGGACUCUAGUGAAGAGCUUGGUUAUCAGUGUGACAGUGACUCUGAGCUGCCUCCUCACGCUGUGCAGGUAUUCAAAGAUGCACAGAGGGUGAUUACCCUGGAUGAAGUUCCACUAGUCCCAGGAGAGACCAUUAAAACCACUGCUAAAGAUGUGAUGUACAUCUGUCCAUUCACUGGAGCUGUGACUGGCACGCUGACUGUCACAGACUACAAACUGUACUUCAUCAGUUUGGAGAGGGAUCCUCCAUUUGUGCUGGAUGUGAAUCUGGGGGCAAUCAGCAGGCUGGAGACCAUCAGUGUUCAGAGCCAUGGAGAAAACACACGGGGCAUGGAGAUCGUCUGCAAGGACAUGAGGAGUCCUAGGUUUGCCUAUAAGACAGAGGAGCAGUGUAAGCUGGAGAUUGUGGAGACCCUUACCAAGUAUGCCUUCCCUCUGUCCAAUGAUCUGCCGCUGUUUGCUUUUCAAUACAAAGAGGAGUAUCCCGUAGAUGGAUGGAAGGUUUACGACCCAGUGGCUGAGUACAAGAGACAGGGUCUGCCUAAUGAAAGCUGGACAAUCAGUAAGAUAAACAGUAGUUAUGAAGUGUGCGACACAUACCCUGCUCUGCUGGUCAUCCCGACCAGCAUCAAAGACGAUGAGCUUAAAAGAGUGGCCUCUUUCAGAGCCAAGCACCGCAUACCGGUCCUCUCAUGGAUCCACCCUGAGACUCAAGCCACUAUCGUGCGCUGCAGUCAACCUCUGGUGGGCCCCUCAGAUCGACGCUGUAAAGAAGAUGAACGUUACUUGCAGACCAUCAUGGACGCCAAUGCUCAGUCACACAAGCUCACCAUAUUUGAUGCGAGGCAGAGCAGUGUCGCUGACACUAGUAAGGCAAAAGACGGAGGUUACGAGAGUGAGAAUUUUUAUACUCAUGUGGAAUUGAAUUUCCUGGAUAUCCCCAACAUCCAUGUGAUGAGAGAGUCUCUGCGGAAGAUGAAGGAAGUGGUCUACCCCACCAUUGAUGAACUUCGCUGGCACUCUGCAAUAGACUCCACACACUGGCUGGAGUAUAUCAGGCUGCUGUUAGCAGGUGCGGUGCGUAUAGCGGAUAAAGUGGAGUCCAGUAAGAGCUCAGUGGUGGUGCACUGCAGUGAUGGCUGGGACCGCACAGCUCAGCUCACCUCCCUGGCCAUGUUGAUGCUGGACUCCUACUACCGCACGCUCAGGGGCUUCCAGGUUCUGCUGGAGAAGGAGUGGAUCAGCUUCGGACACAAGUUUGCCUCGCGUGUUGGUUAUGGAGAUGAGAAUCAUGCUAACUCUGAACGCUCGCCUCUCUUUGUGCAGUUCAUAGACUGUGUGUGGCAGAUGAUGAGACAGUUUCCCUCUGCAUUUGAGUUCAAUGAACUCUUGCUUAUUACCAUCUUGGACCACCUGUACAGCUGCCUCUUUGGUACAUUUCUCUACAGCAGUGAGCAGGAGAGGAUGGAAAAGGAAGUGCAGAGUAAGACAGUGUCUCUAUGGUCCUACAUUAACAGUCAGCCAGAGGACUUUACUAACCCAUUCUAUGUGGACUAUGAAAACCAUGUGCUGUAUCCCCUGGCCAGUCUAAGGCAUCUGGAGCUGUGGGUGGGCUACUAUGUUCGCUGGAACCCUCGCAUGAGACCACAGGUGCCAGUACAUCAGAAUUUGAAGGAGUUGUUAUUUUUGCGUGCUGAGCUGCAGAAGAAAGUGGAGGAGCUGCAAAGAGAAGCAUCUUCAUCACGAUCCAUCUCCUCGUCCUCAGAACAUGCAUCUUCACCCUCACACAGCGGUACACCACUCCACACCACUGUUUAAACAUGUACACACAUGGGCGGCAUUUGGGGGCGCAAUAGGGGGCAUUUGCUUAUGCUAAAACGUUCAUCAACUCUCUUUAAUUAUAGAAUACUGCCAUUUUUCAAAACCAAACUAUCUGCUAUGCAUAGAGACUGAUCCCUGCAACAUUAGGGGGCAGUCUGCAUUCUGGUGUGAGGAGUUUCCAUGCAAUGCAAUGUACUAUCAAAAGCACUUCACUCACCAAGUUUAAUUUAUGCUGUGGUCAAGAGCCUCGCCAGUAGCACAGUCUGCUAGCUCUGCUAGCAAUGGGAACAGGUAGCGAAGAUCACAGUUGACUUUUUUGAAGCUCCAGUCAUACUUGCCAUUACUAUCCUACUACACAGGAUUGUAUUUUGGUGUACUGGACAAAACCAUUCAAGAAAACUGUGAGAGGCUUCAAGAAAAUAAUGUGGAAAGCCAAAUCACACUGAACAGUAUUCUUGGCUCUAGACCACACGCUGAAGCGGACCCGGCGUCUGUUUGUCACUGGAUUUCCCAAAAAAGAGACGAGCGCAGAGCUGUGCCAUCAGAAGACAUCAGCUUUGAUCGACAGUUAGCCCUUUUUAAAGCGUCCAAUCUGAGUGAUAGCUUAGUAAACGUUGGUAACCUCUUCAAAUGGCUCCUGACCACACCAGUGAACAGUCAGUCAUGUAAAAGGAACUGUUCUUGCUUCUGUCACAAUCAAAAACAUGAGAAACACCAUGAGUCAGGAGAGACUAACACUGCAAUGCUGAAUACUGAGCGGGCCUUUCCUUUGUAUAUGGAAAAACCGGUCAGUGCAUUAGAUGCUGUGCCCGGUGGGUGCUGUCUUAUGAUAGGACAUCGUUUAUACUUUGAUAAAUAUACGUUAUUUGCUAAGUAUAGGUUUUAUACUUACUGUGUAGUUGACUGAGAUGGCUUGCCCCCCUGACAUAAGUCUCAAAUGUCGCGCAUGUGCACACACUUCACACCCACACGCAAGAGCGCUUAUCCACAAAUACACUCAAGCAAGAGCAGCAAGUGCACGAGUGCAUCAAAAGAAAUGAGCAGAGACACAAAUAUUGAUAUUCUCGUUCUUAAAGCUAUAAGCAAGUCGCUGUAGUUUCAGAAAUUUUACGUUUCAGACCUUUUUAUAAACUGUGAAAAAGUGCUCGUCAUGUUUCUUUACAUUCUGUAAUGAUAUAGUUCAAAUGUUCGGGUCAUGUUGUUUAUUAUCUAAUAUUGGAUCUGUAAAUAUGAGCAAAAGAAUUAAUAUAUUUGUACUUAACUGAAAACUGUUGUAUCCAUUGGUUUCUGCUGUUUUCCUAGCACUCUUCACUCCGUCUUUACUUGCCAUCCCACCGUUGCCACUCUGUGCCAACUGAUCUUUUCCAUGUUUAAACAUUUGUAAGCUGUUUAUUAGUUACUUGAACUCAUUCAAUAUUGUGUAAUAUUUUUAAAGGGAAUCCUUUCAUCUGCGUUAUUUUUGAUUGCUUUUAUUUUUCAAUUUGAAGUCUUUUUUGUCAUUACACUGAAGUUUGAUAGCUAUUUCAGCAUUUUAAUAAGGCUACUGUUCUCAUUGGUUAUAAAGGAAGCACUGAUAGAGGGAUAUUGUAGAUUGAUAGUAUGAAGGAGCUGAAUGUGACUGAAUCGUACUGCUCUAUGAGGCCAUCGUUGAAUCUGUCUUUUCUUUGCUAUUGUAUACAUUUUUUUAUGAGGGAAAAUGUGUCAUUACUGAUGUGUUGAGGGUCAUGAAGGUCACAGUUGUUACAUACAUGAAACAUUAGUUAAAACACAAUUUACUGUGAAGUGUCAGUGCAGUGUUGAUGUUACAAGUUGAACUGGAGGGACUUUGCAUGUUUGUUUCUUUUCUUAUAAGUUGCCCAUUUGUUAGUCGUUUAGUAUCCUAAUAUACUUUGUAGAGAGUGCAUUCAGUGCAGUGGUGGCUCCACAAUGAGGCAUGUAUUCAUUUAAUAUGAUCACACCAGUUGCAUUCUGUUUGGUUGGUACGUUCAUGACUAAUUUGCAGAACAAAAAGCUUCUUAAGAACUGACCACUGUCUGACACUUGGUGUCUCAAACCCAUCACCCAUAUCUUACUUUAGAAAUAGUAAAACCAGUAUGUUGUGUGUGAAGAGCAUGCAGAUAUGUGAGGGAUUAGGGGGUCAAUUAAGAGGGGAGGUUUAGUAAUAAAAUCACCGAUGUUGGUACAAAACCAAACUCCAAAAAGCUUCAUUUUUAAAUUAACAUUAAGAUUUCAUUUCAUACCAUGUUUAUAGGUCAAUUCAUCAAUGUAAAGGGCAGCUGGUGUUCAAGUGAUUUUUAAAAAAAAAAAAAAUAAUUUUUUUAAAUUGGUAAUUGGGAAAGUUUUGUACCAACAGCGACAAUAUGUUGCAAUGAAGCCAAAGGUGCUUUACAGGGCUGUAGGGAAAUAUUAAAACAUUAAGAUUAGCAAAAAAAAUAGAAAAGUGGCUGAAAUCUUGUCUGCCAAUCAUGCUUUCAGUGCAUUUACAGCGAAUGCCAAUUCAAUCAUAAUGCCACCUUCACCACGAUGCACUUGUGCUCUGUUAUUCUUUGUGAAACUAAUGUUUUAAGCUUAUUCACUGUAUUUCUUAUUCCUCACCCACCAUGUUUAUGCACCUCGUCUAUACAUUUUAAAAUGUACGUUACCACAUUUACUGUUUACCCAUAGAUGAGAAUGUGCCAUGCCUUAUAGCUAAGAUUAAAAGAAACUUCUGACAUUCCAGUGGAAAAAAAAUAAAAACAAUUUUAAAAAAA